UUCAGACACCAUGCAGACGCUGAAGCUCUCGAGGGCGCUGAUGCCCCUGACUGUUGUGGCUUUUUUUCUGCUUUCCUUUUCUGUCGCGAGCUGCAGGCAAGGUACGUCGCCGCGCGCUGGGACUGCGGGGGACGGAGAGACCUGCACAGAGACUCCCGUAAUCAGUUUUCUCCCCGUUUCCGGACCGGAGCACCCGGCAGGAGGCUCGCAGAGAGACGACGCUGCGCUCGAAGCUGGGGCGCGAACGAUUCCGAAGAUUCACUUCGCUCACGGACGGGCGCGCGCGGCUCAAGAGAAGCCUCUUAAAGUGGAAUUUCCUGCGACUCUGGGAACAGGCUACACCCUCGUCGUCUUGGACGUCUACCGCGGCCUCGACUUCCCUCUGAGUUUCAGGGAUGAAAUCCGACAGAAACUCGGAGGCAAAAGGGGGAGAGACGCUCCACUCACACCGGCGUCCGAGCAGAAGGAGGAGAAGCAAGAGGAGAAAGCGAAGACUGAAGGCGAGACAUCGGGAGAAGAUGGAGAUAUCGAAGACGUCCUCUUCCUCAAGGUUUUCGCGGAACCGACAAAGAAACACGGCGUUGUUGUGUCAUCUCCUGAAAAGUCAAUGCGCUCCACGCCGUCCACAGUGGAGACUGCGAGAGGAAAGAUGCGUCGAGAGAGUUACUACGAAAGCGAAAUUUCUUCCGAGGUGCCGGGAGACUUUGCGGUCGCCUUCGCCCUUGUGCGUCCGUGGAAGCUCAGCGAUCAGCCGCAGGUCUUCGUCGCUCUCGUACACUUCGACUGACUGGAAAACAACGAAGCUUGAGCUGUGCGGCAAAGCGCGAGCAACAGGCAGAGUUCGAGGGAGGGGAAUGAGGAGGACGAAGACAACAUGGCAGAGAGGUUCAGAAACGAGAGCAGAUGAAGCUUAACAAAGCCGCCGGCGGAGAGAAGGACGAGAAAGCAGUGGUGGCGUCAGAGUCCGUGACAUAUGGAGAUGAUCAGUGGUUGAGAUAAGUGAGAAACGUGAGUGGAGAAAGCGCAGGUGACGCUGCUGGGGUUCCGAAAUGAAGACGUAUGCCUGUGUCGUGUCUCAGUGCUUCUCGCUUUGACUUUUUUCUCUGCACCGCCGAAGAAGGUUGGUUCGUGGAGGCGUUUUGGUUCACCUCUCUCUGGCAAUGGUUCACAAGGUCGCGCACAACUAUGCCGGUUGACUUUUUUCUGCCCCAGUGUUACUCGUUCUUUCCGUCUGUUCCCGCGGUGCUCAGCGCCAACAGGGUUGCCUAGUUGUAAAAAAUACCUUUUAAAUCUCAGACGAGCGACUCAGUCAGCCACUGUUCGUCUUGCGGUUCACGCCCUCCCCCCCUGCCCCCCUCACCACAAUCCAGGCCCGGUUGAGAACGCCGUGUUUCGCUGAGAAAGAUUUCGUGAUCCUUGUCGCCGUCCUGGAAGUCAGAGCAUUCUGUCUUUGCUGCGUUUUUCUCUGAUUGAACACGAGCUUGGCUGUUGCGACAUGGCGGGUCGUCUGCAAGAAACGCAGACACCGAAUUCCAGUCUGCUCUGUUCGCCGAAGGGACGGCAGUGGAGUGUCUCCUCUGUCAGUGUCUGUCUCGGGAGAGGAAACGCCAGACGCGACUUUGCUCCCUUCUUCUCAGUUGGAGCUGACAGCAAAGGAAACUAUAAGCGCCUUUUGUUGCU